CAAAGGGUGUUGUUGGGUUUUGGUGAAUUGUUACAACUCAGAGUGCUGUGAGACCCAGAAGAAUCUGAGUGACAAGUAGAACCAGUUGUUGCGGUUUGAGGCCUGGUUCAGCCAUUAUGGAAACCGAGCUAACUAAUACUCCGGGCAAACCUUCUGGAACUGUUCUUCCCUAUGUUGGUGUUGCUUGCCUUGGAGCCAUUUUAUUUGGCUAUCAUCUUGGGGUGGUUAAUGGUGGUCUUGAGUACGUUGCUAAGGAUCUUGGAAUCACCGAAAACACUGUACUACAAGGAUGGAUUGUCAGCACGCUACUUGCGGGUGCUACUGUUGGUUCAUUUACUGGUGGAGCAUUGGCUGACAAAUUUGGCCGAACUAGGACUUUUCAGUUUGAUGCAAUCCCUCUAGCAAUUGGAGGAUUUCUUUGUGCUAUAGCCCAGAGUGUUCAUACAAUGAUUAUUGGUCGCUUGCUUGCUGGUAUAGGAAUUGGUGUUACAUCUGCUAUUGUACCACUUUACAUAUCUGAGAUUUCUCCAACUGAAAUUCGUGGUGCACUUGGAUCUGUUAAUCAACUCUUUAUAUGCAUUGGGAUUCUUGCAGCACUUGUGGCUGGUUUGCCUCUGGCAGGAAAUCCUAUAUGGUGGCGGACAAUGUUUGGAAUCACUGUAAUUCCAUCCCUUCUGUUAGCACUUGGAAUGGCAAUUUCUCCAGAAAGUCCCCGGUGGCUUUUUCAGCAAGGGAAAGUCUCCGAAGCUCAAAAGGCUAUUAAAACACUGUAUGGAAAAGAAAGAGUUGCUUUGGUUAUGCGUGACUUGACAGCAGCAAGUCGAGGUUCUUCUGAACCUGAAGCAGGAUGGUUUGAUCUAUUUAGUAGCCGAUAUUGGAAAGUUGUCAGUGUUGGGGCAGCACUUUUUUUGUUCCAGCAGUUGGCUGGAAUAAAUGCUGUGGUAUAUUAUUCAACUUCUGUUUUCCGCAGUGCUGGAAUUGCUUCCGAUGUUGCAGCAAGUUCCCUGGUUGGUGCAUCAAAUGUUUUUGGAACUAUUGUUGCUUCCUCCUUGAUGGAUAGACAAGGAAGGAAAAGUCUCCUUAUUGCAAGCUUCAGUGGAAUGGCUGCUUCUAUGUUGCUUCUUUCUCUGUCUUUUACUUGGAAUGUCCUUGCACCAUACUCUGGCACCCUAGCAGUCCUUGGGACUAUCCUCUAUGUCUUAUCCUUCUCUCUUGGUGCUGGUCCUGUACCUUCCCUUCUUCUACCAGAGAUAUUUCCAUCUAGAAUAAGAGCAAAAGCAAUUUCUUUGUCAUUAGGCACACAUUGGAUCUCCAACUUUGUUAUUGGGCUCUAUUUCUUGAGUGUGGUAAACAAGUUUGGGAUCAGCAUCGUAUACUUGGGGUUCUCAACUGUUUGUUUUGUUGCUGUCUUGUACAUAGCUGGUAAUGUUGUGGAAACAAAGGGUCGCUCAUUGGAAGAAAUAGAACGUGCUCUUUGUCUUGCAACUUAACAUCGUUCAGAAAUGCAUCUGGUCGUAUUUCUUAUGAAAUUAAACUGUGAACCUUUACAGUGUUAUUGAAUUUU